GGGAUUCGCCUCGCGUCACGUCAAGCCUCGAAGCUGCUCGAAAGUUCGUCUGCUCGGCACGCUGAGUAUAAAAGCGCGCGUUUCCCACUCGUCGCUCAAGUGCAAACACAGCGCUACUUACAGCUUCCCUGAGAGGAAAAGAACAGUCGAAAGCGGUACAAAAGAAGAGACUCGGUAUUACUAUUCCAAGAAGAGUACGAGUACGUUCGUCCACAAAACGAAAGACAAAUGGCAAAGGCACCAGCAAUUGGUAUCGACUUGGGCACAACCUACUCGUGUGUGGGUGUGUUCCGACACGGACAGGUGGAAAUCAUCGCUAACGACCAGGGCCAGAGAACUACCCCGAGCUAUGUGGCUUUCACGGACACUGAGCGAUUGGUAGGAGACGCUGCGAAGAACCAGGCGGCCAUGAACCCUGAGAACACCAUCUUUGACGCCAAGAGAUUGAUAGGUCGAAGGUUCGACGACAGCAGCGUACAGGCAGACAUGAAGCACUGGCCCUUCAAGGUCAUCAACGACGGAGGAAAACCCAAGGUGCAAGUGGAGUACAAAGGCGAAACAAAGACCAUGGCACCAGAAGAAAUCAGCGCCAUGGUGCUAGUGAAGAUGAGAGAGACGGCAGAAGCAUACCUGGGUCAGCGGGUCAAAGACGCCGUCAUCACGGUUCCGGCGUACUUCAACGACUCCCAGCGACAAGCGACGAAAGACGCCGGUGCCAUCGCCGGCCUGAACGUUUUGCGCAUCAUCAACGAGCCCACAGCCGCCGCCCUGGCCUACGGGCUAGACAAAAAAGGCAAAGGAGAGAAGAAUGUCCUCAUAUUUGACUUGGGCGGCGGCACCUUCGACGUGUCCAUCCUGCAGAUCAGCGAGGGCUCGCUGUUCGAGGUGAAAGCCACGGCCGGCGACACGCACCUGGGCGGCGAAGACUUUGACAGCCGCAUGGUGCAGCACUUGUGCCAAGAGUUCCAACGCAAGUACAAGAAAGACAUCAGUAAGAACCCUCGCGCCCUACGCCGCCUACGUACGGCCUGCGAACGCGCCAAGAGGACGCUGUCAAGCAGCGCAGAGGCCAGCGUAGAGAUUGAUUCGCUGUACGAGGGCAUCGACUUCUACACGCGCAUCACGCGCGCACGCUUCGAGGAGCUGUGUGCCGACCUGUUCCGCCACACGCUGGAGCCCGUGGAGCAGGCCCUGCGCGACGCCAAGCUGGACAAGCGGCAGAUCGACGAGGUGGUGCUGGUGGGCGGGUCCACGCGCAUUCCCCGCAUCCAGAAGAUGCUACAGGAAUUCAUGGGCGGCAAGGAGUUGAACAAGUCCAUUCACCCCGAUGAGGCCGUGGCGUACGGCGCGGCCGUGCAGGCCGCCGUGCUGAGCGGCGAUACGAGUGACGUCAUCCGCGACGUGCUGCUGGUGGACGUGGCGCCGCUGUCGCUGGGCAUCGAGACGGCUGGGGGCGUCAUGACCCGACUGGUGGAGCGCAACACCACCAUCCCUACCAAGACGUCCAAGACCUUCACUACGUACGCCGACAACCAGCCGGCCGUCACCAUCCAGGUGUACGAAGGAGAACGCGCCAUGACCAAAGACAAUAACCUGUUGGGGCGCUUCGAGUUGACGGGCAUCCCUCCCGCCCCGCGCGGCGUGCCCCAGAUCGAGGUGACCUUCGACAUCGACGCCAACGGCAUCAUGAAGGUGACGGCGCAGGACAAGAGUACGGGCAAGUCGUCCAACAUCACCAUCAAGAACGACAAAGGGCGGUUGAGCAAGGACGACAUCGACCGCAUGGUGAACGAGGCCGAGCGGUUCCGGGAGGAGGACGAGAAGCAGCGGCACCGCGUGGAGGCGCGCAACCGCCUGGAGGCAUACGUCUUCAGCGUGCGACAGGCCAUCAGCGACGCCGGCGAUAAAUUGAGUGAUGCGGACAGAGAGGCCGUCAGCCAGACGUGCGACGAGGCCUUGAGGUGGCUGGACAACAACUCGCUGGCGGACACAGAAGAGUUCGAACACAAAAUGCAGGAAGUGCAGAAAGCAUGCUCGCCCAUGAUGGCCAAACUUCACGGUGCCGGCGCCGGUCAGUCGUCUGCACAAGGCCGGACUGCGCCGUCUUCUGCAGGGCCCACAGUGGAGGAAGUGGACUGAACUUGAAAUGCAUGAGUGGACCUUUAUUCGUCUAGUAACGAACACUUAAAGAUCUGUUUCAGACUGUGAUAAUGCUACGGCAUCGGCUUUAACUACAUGAAUGAAAGAAACAUUGACUAUGUCGUUGGUUGUGCAAUAAAUUAAUCGUGGAAUAUAAAAUUGUAUAUUUAAAAGAGAUUUGUGGACUGGAUAGAAGAGUAUUGCGUAAUAAAGAUACAGCAUGCAUUUUU